AUGGUGAACGCGCAAAAUGUGACCUCUUUGAAGGCGACAGAUCUUCCAGCAACAGUUGAUGAGGCAGAGCUGCGUUUGAUCUUCGGUCGGGAUAUGGUCUCUGUACAGCUCCCUCGCAGUUCCACAGGAGGGAAUUGUGGAUAUGCCAUUCUUGGCUUCGCUUCGCCUGAAAGUGCAGAGCGGGCAAUGCGCCAGAAUGGACAACGUCUUCCCAAUCGGAAGGUUGCUCUCCGCUUGGCACCAUGCAGCACCGUCUCAGGCCGAAAACCAUUGGCAAGCUACCAGCUUUGCGUGGGCAACCUUGGAGCGCAGGUGUCGGAUGCAGAUUUGUACAGUGCCUUCAGGUCUUUUUCCGACAUCGUGCUUGGUGCUAGAGUUCCAGUUGACCAUAGUGGACGAAACAGAGGCUUUGGUUUCAUCAGACUCUCCGACGAUGACGCCGCUGGGUCUUUGGCUGUCAAAGCACAUGGGUUCCAACUUUCUGGGCGAGCAGUCACCGUUCGCCAGUGCCUUCAAGCUGAUGCUACUGCAGGAAAUCGAACGUUGCUAGGUUUCUUCCAAUGGAAACGUCGCUCUGCGUGCUUUCAGUGUGAAUGA